AUGUUUUCUUGGCUAUCAGGCAACAAGAAACAAUGUGAUGUAGCAGACGUCUACAACAAUGUCAUCGAUGGCCUCAAGCAAACGUAUCGAAAGAGGCUCCUCCCACUAGAGCAAACAUACCUCUUUGGAGAUUUCCACUCACCAUACAUGAACAAUGGCGACUUCAAUGCGAAACCAAUGGUACUACUAAUUGGUCAAUAUUCAACUGCUUUAAAGUACUCUUACGUUUUAGUUUUUGAAAAGCCUACCAAGUUCCAAGUGAGAGUUCAGAACACUAAUCGACUGAUGUUGCCCCCCACUCUCAGUCUGUGUAUACUGUUACUGAUAUUCCGCUUACUGUUACAGUCAGGAGAUGUUGAAGCAAACCCUGGACCAACGCUUGCCUCAAUUCUGACUCUCGAUGAUUUGAAUUCUGUUUAUAAGAACUUGAUAAAAGCCGCUGGAAACUGGUUCGACCUGGGACUUGAUCUGGGAUUAGCAUUUGACAUCCUCAAUAAUAUCAGUGAUAAACAUCGAGACAAUCAAACCUGUCUACGUGACAUGAUAGCUGUUCGCCUGAAGACUGGCCCUCUCACCUAUUCUGAAAUAUGUCAGAGUCUCAGAGCACCAUCAGUUAAACAAGAUGUCCUCGCUGAGGCUAUAGAGGAGGCAUGUACAGGUGAACUUGACGGGAUCCAAGAAAGUUCAACAAAGAGAAGCUCAGGUCUAGCAGUCAACUCUUACAGCAUGGAGAUACCAUCAUCUGAUCUCGUUCAUUUGGCUUCUUUUUUCGACUGUGUUGACUUUCUUGUUGACUUACUAGAACUAACCCCCGCCGAAAAAUCUGAUGCAAUGAAAAAAGACAAUACCAGUGCACAAAAGGCAGUACUUUACUGUUUGUCAUGCUGGAAGAAAAGAGAGCCUGAAAAAGCAACGUUUCAAGCACUUUUAGAUAUUGUCCGCAAGCUGAAAAGAGGGGACAUAGUUAGAAACAUUGAAAGGUACUUUCAUAAAAACUAUUGAAAUGUGACUGCAUGCAUGCAUGACUAGAUUCCUUUCUUAGUAAACUUUUUUUGUGCACAUGCAGUAGAUCUAUUUUUAUAUCUAUUUUUGUUAUCCUGUUCCUA